AUGCCAGUCCUCCUGAUCGGGAUCUGUGUGUCGGGAGCGGUUGGAAAUUUGCUCGUUUUGCUGAUUUUCAUUCGUGACUUCAGGAACGGAAGGGGCUCCGAGGUGAAAGCGCUCCUCGCCUCUUUGGCCUCUACGGACCUGGCCAUCCUGUUACUGUGCGCCCCGGUGCGCGCCGUCACCUACUACAAGCAGACCUGGACCCUGGGGAGUUUUGUUUGCAGCACCACGGACUGGUUCCAGCACUCGUGUGUGGUUGCAAAAACUUUAAUCCUUGCGGUCACCACCAGAGCCAAACACACUUUGGUCCCCAGCCCGGCUAGGGGGGCCCUCUACACCCCGACGUGGAUCCACGGAGCCCUGGCGUUUAUCUGGAUUGUGUCUAUGAUAUUUCCGAUCCCGCAGAUGCUUUUCGCCUCUUUGGUUCAGCAUGGCCGCAACACCAUCUGCGUCUCUGAAAUGCCAGUGUGCGCGUCUGACUUCAUGAGUUUGUUCUACAAGAUUUACCCAACUGCAACCUUUGUGGUGCCGGUCAUCUUCACGCUUGCAUACUACACCAAAACGCUGCACACCGCGGUGAACCACGCACCCAGCCCGCAGCACCAGAGCAAGGUUACCCUGGUCUUACUGUGUCUGAGCGGCGCACUCGGGCUCAUGCUGCUGCCGGAGUGGGGGACGUUCACCUGGAUCAGGCUCGGGUACAACAAACCUCCUGUCGGUUUGAUCAUCUUCGCGCAAGUCCUCCUUUACGCGUGCAGCUCCGUCUCUCCGGUGAUCCUAAUGACCAUGUACGACGACGUGCGCCAAGGACUGAUCACCAUCUGGUUCAUCGCCACCUGCAGAGGCUCGAAGCACGUCCCAAGCAUCAAAUGUCAAACAACGGACGGAAACGGAGCGGAGGUCGGCUCAAACGCGGUCGCCAACGCGGUCUCUGCUGGGGACACGGAGAAGACCUUCCCGGACGUGGAGCACUUCUGGACCGGACGCAGGAAUACGAAAGUGGAAGAGGAGCAGGAUCCGGUUCCGUGGGAGAGAGAGGAGAAGAUGUUGUAG